AGAGAAAUGGCAGAAAGUGACAAGUUUUUCGAAGGUGUGGAGAAGCUGCUGGAGAUCUGGUUCAAGAAGCCACCUGCCAGCAAGACUGCUGACUUGAGGAAGAUCCCACGAUCCAUGUGGGAUGCUCUCCUCAAGUCCGUUCGCUGCGAAAUCAUCAGCUUCAGCCGCAAUGAUCAGAUUGAUGCCUAUGUGUUGAGCGAGAGCAGCAUGUUUGUGUCGCGUCGUCGUUGGAUUCUCAAGACGUGCGGCACGACGACUCCGCUUCAGUGUCUGGAGCCUCUGCUGGAGAUGGCGGAGAAGAUUGCCGGCUACACUGAUGUGGAGGAGUUGUUCUAUUCGCGCAAGAACUACAAGCGUCCGGAGCUGCAGGUGACACCCCAUCGGGCUUUCGAUGAGGAGGUGGCCCUGCUGGAUAGCUUCUUUGACGAUGGGCGCGCGUACUGCUUGGGCUCGGUGAAUCGCGACUGCUGGUUUCUGUACACCCUGAGCCGCGGGGGAGAGGCGCUCCAGCGCCACUUUGGCACGCUGAUCCAGCAGCGUCCGGUGCCGGCGAUUGCGCCACCGGAUCCGGAUCAGACCAUUGAGAUCCUCAUGACGGAGAUGGAUCCCCAAGUGAUGGCGAUUUUCACCAAGGAAGACUCGAUGAAUGCCAAGGAAGCCACUGAGAAGUCUGGCAUUCAGAACAUCCUGCCGGGCAUGAAGAUUGAUGAUUAUCUAUUUGCACCGUGUGGCUACUCCAUGAAUGGCAUUUCUAAGAAUAAUGUGGGUGAUUGUCCGGAAGGAUACUACAUGACGAUCCACAUCACGCCCGAGCAGGAGUUCUCCUAUGUGAGCUUCGAGAGCAAUGUGGCGGCCAGCAAUUACGGGGAUCUGAUUGCCCGCGUGGUGGAGACCUUCCAGCCGGGUAAGUUCAUCGUGACGCUGUUUGCCAACAAGAGUUCACCGGCAUAUGCGGCGUCGCGUGAACUGGAGCGCGCUGAGGAGAUUGGCGGCGAGUGGCAGCGUCGUGACAUCCAGUACUGUCGCUUCCAGAGCUACGAUUUGACGUAUGCGCAGUACUGCAAAUUCCCGAGCUGAGGGUUACAGUGGGUGCCCCCUUUUGGGGCGGAACUGCUUCCUGUCCAUCAUUUCUCCAUUUGUUUCCAACCCACCAUCGCCUCAGCACUCACGGGUGACUUCCUGGAGGAGUCUUCUGUGCGUGCUGAGAAGAUUCUCCUUGCGCAAUCGCGCCAAUCAUUAAAUUCACAACAUCAUGCAACACGCUUCACGGACUUUGCUCAAUUCUUUGACAUUCCCAUCAUACUCGGCAUGGUACUCAUCCAGCUAAUCUCCAUUGCGGUGGUGUUCAAUGCUGAGGAGUACUCACCGCUGCUCCUUUUCUCGUGGUGGCGCAAUAAGAUCUCUUGAGACGCGGCGAGGCGUCGUGUGUCGUUCACAAUUCGCUUCGUGAACAAUUGACAUAUGAUUUUUGCCAAUUUGGUUGAUUUUUGCACCAUUCGCCAAUUAACAACUGAUGAGAUCUCUUCCAAGACACACUCAAUCUUGAGUAUACUUUGGCCACGUGCAUCAAUGUGCAUUUUAUGACAGCGCAUUGAGAUGAUGUUGGAUGGGUACAGAUGAUUUCUACUUAUUUCUUUUUUUUACUGACUUACCUUUUACCUGAGAUGAUGAUGUGAAAAAUGCAAACUGCGCGCAGGUCAAACCCAUCGAAUAUUAAAUUGUUUUGUUUCUUUUAAAUGAAUUGGAACUGUUUAUUGUGCGUGAAGGGAGGUGAAUUUUUGGGUGUAAGAAAAUUGAAUUAUCUCGAUGUUAUUUGAUGGAAAAAUUUAUAUUGACAAAGGAUAUUGUUGAGAAUAUUUGGAGAUUUUAAUGGAAUUCUGUAUGCAACGAGAUGGGUGCGAUCGGCAGAUUGCGUGGAGGAAAAAAGAGAUAAGGGAGAAAUUGAGAGGGUGUUGCAUGUGAUUUCUUAGAAGUAGAAUGAAGAAGUAGAACAGUUGAUUCAAUACAAUGGAGAAAUGUAGUGACAGGAAGCAAUGAUGAUUUAUGAUGAAAAACUAUGCAAGACAAACUGAUUUAUGAUUAAGAUGCUAUUUGAAAAGAAGAAGAAGAAGAAGAAACAGAGAGAAAAUUAAUUCCACAUGAAAUAUUAUGAAGAGAAUUGGGGGAAAUUUGACAUGAAAUUCUAUUGACACUGUAAGAAUUUUAACCUCUUAGAGAUUUAUGAUUGUAAUAAUGAGGUGAAAAGAUAAAUCACGUCUUUGAUGAAAUUAAAUGUGUACCUUGUAGAAUUAACAGAGAUAAUUGUGAGAGUUGACAAAAUGUGGGGAUGAGAAAGUGCAACAUUUCGCCUUUUUCUCUCCUCCAAUUUGAUAAAACAGUCAUUCUGUUGAUGGAAUUAGUUUUCUUCACAUGAUAGAUUUACAAAAA